AUGCUGGUUCCGUGGGUGUCCUGUGACCCCCCCUCGUAUCCUCCCAUCAUGCCGAACCGUCAGAAGCAGCUCUUGUUUUCGGUCUCCGGGGUCCUCGGCUUCUCGUGUGCCCUGAUGGCCGCCGUGGCCACCGGGCUCCCGUUCUGGGUCACCGGGGCCGUGCUGUGCCGGACCGGGGCCGAACUGGUGAACGCCACCGGGGCCGAACUGGACAAGUUCCUGGGAGAGCUGAACUACGGCCUCUUCCACGGCCAGAGGGUGAAGCAGUGCGGGCUGGGGGGCAGGAUGUCCCGCUUCUCCUUCUUUCCGGACCUGCUGAGCGCCAUCCCGGUGGUCCUCCACGUGUUCGUCAUCUUCUUCUGUGGUGUCGUCAUACUCUUCUCAUCAGUGGUCACUGGCUUCUUCUUCUUCAACGCCUUCGGCCGGCCGUAUGAGACGCUGCAAGGCCCCCUGGGACUUUACCUGUGGAGCUUCAUCAGCUGGCUAAGCAGUUGUCUGGUGAUGGUUCUCUUUGCAUCGGAGGUCAACAUCCAUCAUCUCUCUCAUCGGAUCGCCAACUUCAACGAGGUGAACUUCGUAUUCCAGACCUAUACCCAGCGCUUUGAUCGCUGCUUCUGGAUCUUCUUCCUCGUCUUCCUUCUGCACGGACUCAACUUCUCGCUCAUCCGACUGUCUGGAGUCCAGUUCCCUUUCCGGGGGGGCAAGGAGUCGGCCCCGAGUGGGGGGGCGGCCGACCUCAUGUACUGAGAGCCGAAGGGAGACGGAAGCCUCUGAAGGACAAACUCCAAUAACAAGUUACUAAUGUUAUCAUUGGGUAAUGGUAACAUUAGUGUGUUAAUUAACAAUUACAACCACAAUAAUGUUAGCUAGUGGUUUAACUAACGUUACCUAUUGAGUUAACCACCAUUUAUAAUCAAACUGAUGUUAGCUAGCGAGCCAGCUAAUGUUAGCGAACUAUCCGGUAAAACUAUUGAUCGUGCAAUGUUCUCAGGUGAUUCAGUUAAUUAAGGUAAAAACAGUCUUAACUCGAGUCGGUAAAAGGACGCUGGGGAAUUGCCCUAAUCCGGGCAUGCCCCCAUUGUCAUUGUAAACAUUAUUUUUCGCAGAGAUUAAACAUUGACUGAAGGGUUGCCAAAACGACUCUUAAUGCUGUCAACAUAUCCAGGGACUCAAUUCUGAACUUUCACAAUAAGAUAUCCCGCUUCAACACCUUCAAAUAGCGCAAUAAAGGCUUCUGUCAUCGCCAACCAUCACCCGAGUGUUCUUACUGUCUCUCAUCUCUUUCCAGAGAUGAUUAAAUAAUUGCAAGCAGGAAGCCAGGUGUACGACAUGACCACUGCAGGGACACCCACUAUCAGAUAGAACCUCCAUUUUAUAGAACCACCAUCAGAUAGAACCUCCAUUUUAUAGAACCACCAUCAGAUAGAACCUCCAUUUGAUAGAACAACCAUCAGAUAGAACCUCCAUCAGGUAGAACAUCCAUCAGAUAGAACCUCAAUUUAAUAGAA